AUGGCGUUCAUCAAUCCUCUAGUUUCGUAUCCUCAGCCACAAAUCAGAGAAGCCUUGUUAUCACACUACAAGGGUAGAUCAGUUGAUGAUAUACCUACCCCUUCGUUGUUGAUAAAGGAAUCAGUUAUCAAUGGCAACACAACAAGAGCUUUGAAAAGACUUGAAAGAACAAAUUACAAAUUCCGUGCACAUGUUAAGACACAUAAGACAAUUGAAAUUGCUAGAAAGCAAUUGGGAUAUGAUUUACCAGAGUACGAUGGAAAGAAGUAUGAUUCAAUUGUGGUUUCAACUUUACAAGAAGCAUUUUCAAUUUUGAACCACCAAACUCAAACUGGUGAUGUUUUCGUUAACGAUAUCGUCUAUGGUCUACCAAAUAUUACACCAGAUACGUUGGUGAAAGUUGUUGAACUACAAAAACAAGUUAAAAAUUUUAGGCUUCUUGUUGAUAACAUAGAACAUUUGAAAAUAUUGAAAAAGUUCAGUAGAGAACAUGAAAUCAAAACACCAUGGUCAUUAUUUGUCAAACUGGACGCAGGUACAGCUAGAGCUGGUAUCUCAGAUGAUUAUGUUUUGGGUCAAGUUUUAUCAGAAAUCAUAUCUAGUGAAGAACUGUCAUUAUUUGGUCUUUAUGUUCAUGCAGGUCAUUCAUAUGAUUCAAGAACAGUUGAAGAAAGUGAAGCCCAUUUCUUUGAAGAACUAGAAACCAUCGUUAAGGGUUUAAAUGUAUUGAAAAAUAAAGUUCCUGAUUAUGAUUUGGAAACAGUGGUUGGGUCAGUUGGAGCUACUCCGACUCUUCAUUCACUUGAACAUGAUUUGUUUACUGAAACUUCAAAGAAAGUUGAAGAAUUAGUGAAAGCUACUGAAGCUCAAAUUGAAGUCCAUGCUGGUAAUUAUAGUAUUUGUGAUUUACAACAAGCAUCGACUGGUUGUAUUAACAUUGAUAAUAUUGCUGUUAGCGUUUUAGGAUCUGUUAUAUCACAAUAUCCAAGAAGAAAACAUCCAGUUGGUGAAUUGCUAACAAAUACUGGUGUGAUCUCAUUAUCAAGAGAAGUUUCACCGAAUUUUCCAGGUUUUGGUAAAGUCAUUGUUGAUAUUAAGUACGGUGAAUGGGCCGUUAAUAGAGUGAGUCAAGAACAUGGUAUCUUACAACCAUCAAAUGGAUCUGAUGCUAAAUUGAUUCCAAUUGGUACUAAAAUAAAAAUUGUUCCAAAUCAUGCUUGUAUAACAGCCAAUUCUUACAAUGCCUAUUAUGUGAUUGAUGAUGAUGAUAAAGUUGUUGACAUCUAUAUUCCUUGGAGAGGUUGGUAA